AUGUCAGAAGCCGCCAUGCUUAAGAUGUUCUACGAAAUUUUCCACGUGUCCCGUUUAUUUAAAGGUGGAGCUCCUGUUUUUGAUCCUGAACUGGGAGAGCGGAUCGGGACCGUUACGAGUGGUUGCAUCUCGCCUUGCCUAAACGAUAGCAUCGCAAUGGCUUAUGUGGAUAGUGGAGCUCCUGUUUUUGAUCCUGAACUGGGAGAGCAGAUCGGAACCGUUACAAGUGGUUGCAUCUCGCCUUGCCUAAACGAUAGCAUCGCAAUGGCUUAUGUGGAUAGUCGGAAAGCAAAGAUUGGCACUACUUUGAUGGUGGAAGUGAUGAAGAAGAGGAUUGAAACACGAGUGACAAGUCUGCCAUUUGUGCCCAGUCAUUAUGCCAGCUAA